AAAAUGUUAAGUAAAUGUUGAUUUCGCCGUUUGUAAAUGGGAAAAAAACUGAAAUCAUUUUAAAAAAUUGUUAAAAUAAAUCAAGCCGCCGCAAUGUGCAGAAAUUAAAAAGCUUUUUUUUGGUGCAUUGCCGCCGCCAAUUGCUACUCUUAAUCUUCCUGCAUCGGCGCCGGCAACGGCAACCGGGCACCUACUAAUCCUUUCUGGCACGCAACAUGGACUCAUCCUCUGGUGGCAUUAAGCUAAAGGAUACCACCAUCAUCAUACCCAAUAACAAUACAAAUUCCAACAAUAAUAAUGCUGCAUCUGUUGGUGUUGUAGGAGGAGGAGUGGGAGGAAUUGGAGUUGGCAUUGGAGGAGGAGGAGGUGGUGGUGGUGGCAUAUCGAGUAGCAUCUGUAGCAGCGAUAGUUUCAGUAUUAUGCCACCUCCACAUGGUGGUCACGAAUUGGUCAGUGCGAAUAGCAUUGAACUAAAUGCGGCUGCAUCCCUUAGCGAUGACAGUGGAGUGCCAUUGACCACGAAUAGCUCCAUAUCUAGCGGAGAUUCCUAUCGCAUUGGCAUGUGUAAAUUCGAAAUUGAGAUGGUUGAAAGCGAUGGCGAGGUAUCACAAUUCGAUUCACUUGACAACUGCUCGGAGGGUGGGAUGAGUGCCGAGAAUUUCAAUACAUUGAAAAAGGGUCCAUUGGCUCCGAUAGAUCCGCCACCGGAAUUUCAAGAUUCCCCUCAGACAACUUUAGUGCGUUCCAUAUCGAAGAAUAUUGUCAAUAGUCUGCGACGUUGGACCUCAUCGCAGUCAUCGUUUGAGCAUCUUAAAGAUGAUAACACCAUCACACUUACAACAACGACGGCAUUGCCAGCGACAACGACAACAACAACAGCAACGGGAGCUCCUGUGGGCGUGGGCAUGGGCAUGGGCGUGGCAGCUGCUGUAUCAAUUGAUUCGAAUGCAUUGGACAUGCAAACACUGUCCGGUCUGACGGGAUUGGGUGGAUUAACCCUCAAGGAGUCAUAUGCCACCAAUAAGCAUCUAUAUUCAAGUGAUUCCAUAUUGAAUAGCCAUACGGAUAAUAUCUAUGAUGAGCCAAAUAAUAUAAUAAGCAGCUCCCUGGGCAAUAGCGUUGACCUAAUGGAUGAGCUGGAUGAAGAUGAUGAGGAACAGUGCCGGGCAGCCUCCUCCGAUCAGAGUCAAAGCAGUUGCUCACCCUUGCCGUCACCGCCGCCGCCAGUUUCGCUAAUUAAGAUAAAACAAACCCUAUGCCCCUAUUAUCAGGAUCAUACGCGUUAUUUUAAGGCCAUACCCACAGAGCAGGAUACCAUAGCCAGUGCUAAGGCAGCAGCAGCUGUGGCUCAACAACGUUUCAAUGUGGCCGGCCUCUCGGAGAUUCAUGACUAUGAUCUAUAUUAUGGAGCCAGAAGACAAAUGACGACCACGACCACCACCACAACGGAUAAUAACAGCAGCAGCCUUCAGCGUAGACAGAUGUUGUACAGUCCAUUGGGUCAUACCAGUCAUUGUCAUUAUCAUCAUCCUCCUCCACCCCACCACAAUCAUCACCAUCAUCCGCAUCAUCAUUAUCAUCAUCCUCAUCAUCAUCACCAUCAUCAUCAUGGCAAUCAUCAUGCGUAUCAGCGACCCAAUUCCAGAAAUUCGCUAAAUAGCCGUCUAAGCAGCUCACACAAUUCCCUCAAUGUAUCAUCGUCGAAUAAGCCAGAUGAUUCCAUAUUCAUAACGCAGGCCAUGUCCCAUGAUGCACUAUUCACACGUGAAAUUUCGGAUUUCUAUAAUGUGCCAAUCGAUUCGGAUAUAUAUGCAUUUCCGGUUGAUAUGAUUGAGCAGCCGGUGGCCACCGCCACCAGCACCGCAAGCACAACCACAAACACAACCGCCAACAACACAACCACCAACACCACCACAAGCAGCAGCAAUCCCACAUAUCAUAAAAGUGGGCGUAGAAAUAAACGAAAUAAACGCAAACAGCAACGAUAUAAUGCCACAGAUACGACAACCACCAACACCACAACGAUGACAAGUACCAGCGAUGAGGGGAAGCAUGGUAAAUAUCGUUUGCCCAUUGUCGAAACAGAACCUCUUCACAUGACCCUGGAUGAGGUGAAACAAUUAUAUCAUACACUCUAUUCGGAUGCGGGUCAUAAGUCUGGCUCAUCCUCGGCACCCUCAAUGCAUGGCGGUGGUGGAGGUGGGGGAGCUGGAGCUGCAUCUGGAAAGGUAACCAAAUCGAGUAAUGAGACCAUUUGGAGUGUAUCCACCAAUGCUACCAGUGUGACAACAACUCGUAUGCGUAAUAGCAAUAAUCGGCUAGCUGGUACUCCAGGAUCUGGAUCUGGUUCUGCUGGUGGGUCAGAGGGCAAAUAUUUAAGCAAACAGAGCAAACAUAAUUUGGAUAAUGAUAAGCUCAAUAAUAACAAUAAUAGCAUUAAUAAUGCAACACCCCAGCAGCAGCAGCAGCAACAAAUGACAACAACAACAGCAACAAGCUUAACGCCGCAGCAGCAGCAACAACAACAGCAACAACAAGAGCAUCACUUACAGCAUCUGCCAAAUAAUAAACAUGUCCUGCAUACGGAAAAGAAAUCACAAUUUACUUUAAAUUUAAAACAGAAAUUUUGUAGCAUUUUUCGUUUUCGUCGCAACAAUCAUCGUUAUCGUGCCGCAGCAGCUGCAGCGGCAGCAACAGCGGCAGCAGCAGCAGCAACAACAGCAGCAGCAUCGGCGGCAGCAGCAGCAGCAGCUUCAGCCGGAUCAACAACAACAACAACAUCAUCAUCUGCAGCCACCACAGGCACAAUUCUCCAGGCUUCUUCUACUGCCAGUAAUAAUGGCGGCAAUGUUGGAGUCGCCGGACAAUUGCAGCAAACAUCAUCAUCAUCAUCAGCAGCAGCAGCAGCAACAAAUAUAGCCAUCAAUGGCGGCAACGGCGGCGGCAUAAACUCCUCCAAUAGCAUCUUGGACGCCACAGAGGAGGCCACCCACAAUUGCCUAAAUCGCGGCGUCAACGGCGGAGAACUGAAUGCAGAUUUGCGUAAAAAGUUUCAGUCGCGUGCCUUGCCGCCCCUACCAAAGAAAGCAGCAGCCUAUGCUAUAGAUGCUAUCUCAACCGAGUCAGAGCAGGAUCAGCUAAAGAAAAACACAAAUUCCAGUGCUAAUACCAGUGGGAAUAUGCCUGCUAGUAGUAGUCUACAAGAGCCAAGGGCAUUGCAAUUUACCUCAAGCAUUGAGAAGGUCAAAGACUAUGGCUGGUACUGGGGACCCUUGUCCAGUGAGGCAGCCGAGAAAGUGCUCUCGAAUGAACCAGAUGGCUCAUUUAUAGUACGCGAUAGCUCCGAUGAUCAUUAUAUAUUCUCGUUGAGCUUCAAGCUAAACAAUUGUGUGCGUCAUGUGCGCAUUGAACAAGAUCAGGGCACAUUCUCGUUUGGUUCAUAUGCCAAAUUCAAAUCCCAAACUAUAACCGAGUUCAUUGAGAAGGCUGUUGAACAUUCACGUAGCGGCAGAUAUUUAUUCUUUCUGCAUCGUCGGCCGGAACAUGGACCAAUGCGUGUGCAAUUAACCAAUCCAGUAUCUAGAUUUAAGCAUGUACAAAGUCUGCAGCAUAUGUGCAGAUUUGUUAUACUAAAGGCGGUUAUACGAAAGGAUCUAAUACAGACAUUGCCAUUACCAAGAAGACUUUUAGACUAUCUUAACUAUAAGCAUUGCUAUUCCGAGCAGGUUGAGAGCGAUAGUUCCCACUCGCAGAUUUCGGGCGAUGGCUCGAUGUAAAAAACAUGCAGCAACGGAAAACGAAAGCAACAGAAAUUAUUACCUUAAAUAAGUAGUAGAAUUUAACGAAAAAAAAAACAAAAAACAAAACGAUAAGAAAAUAAGCAAAACGUAAACGCGUAAACGCCUAAACGAAAAACAAAAAGCGAAAAUUCGAAAAAAAACUCUGUUUAUUGAUUGAUUUUUGUACUCGGUGCUAUACUAUAAAUAUUGACUACUUAAUGAAAAAGAAGAUAGAAAAUAAGAGGAGAACGAGGUGGACGAGAAGAAGCUAGCAGUGGAGUGGCAAGGCAGGGAAAGGAGAGAGCAAAGCAAAGCAAAGCAAACAAAUAAAUAUUAUUAUGAUUAUUAUUAUAUAAACCGUAAAUUAAUUAUGCGUAGUCAAGUAAAUAACAAACAUAACAUUGUACAUAACGCAUGCCGCAUGCCGCCUGUUUGAGCCAGUUCCACGAGAAAAGAGAGUAAAACCAAAACCACAAUUCCGAACACAUGAUCAAACAUAUUUUGGGCACGAAGUUCUGUAAGACAUUUUUCAUGCUUGCCUUUUUAACUGUGAUUGAUAUUGUGAAAGCCAAGGGAAGAGAGAGAGAGUGGAAGAAAGAAAAGAAACGAACAUCAAUUUAGAGAUCCCGACAUUUCCCGAUGUUUCAACGACGUGCCCAAAAGGACUCCCGGAGGAUAUUUAAACAAACGAUGACAAUUACCCAUCCAGCAACCCAAUUUUUUUGGCAGCAAUUAUAAAUGAUGAAAAAAAUGUGUAAUUUAUUAUAUAAUUAGAGAUUAGAGUAUUAUGAUUAAUGUA